AUAGCGUCCACCGUACCGCCCACAGCCUGCGACGCGAUAAGGUAUCACUAGGGAAACACUACAGGUGAGAAUCGGUCUGUCUUCAACCUCCUCUGAGUCAAAGAUAGUUGUUCAAGAUGGCGGUUCUGCUGGUAGUGACGGGACACGGACAGAUGGGUAACACGGGGAACCCCACCGGCUGGUACCUGCCGGAAGUCGCGCAUCCGUGGAAGGUCUUCACGGACGCCGGGCUCAAGGUCACCUUCGCCAGCCCCAAGGGCGGGAAGACGCCCGUGGACCCUUCCAGUGUGGAGGCGUUCAAGGCAGAUCCGCUCUGUACGCAGUUCUUAGAGAACAAGGACGUCAUGGCCCAGCUGGACAGUACUACGUCACUGGCUGAUGUCAAACCAAGUGACUUCAAGGAUUUCUUUGCCGGUGGCCAUGGUACGAUGUGGGACUUCCCUGAUGACGUCAACCUGCAGAAAGUGACGGCAGCCGUGUACGAGCAGGGCGGGGUGGUGUCGGCCGUCUGCCAUGGGCCGGCUGCGCUGGUGAACGUGAAGCUGUCUGACGGCAGCUACCUGAUCCAGGGCAAGAAGCUGACUGGUUUUACCAACAACGAGGAGACUGCCAUCAAGCUGAUGGAGGUCAUGCCCUUCCCCAUGGAGACCAAGCUUAGGGAGCGCGGCUGCGACUUCGUGGAGGCUCCGCUGUUUACAGAAAACGUGCAGGUGGCAGGUCGUCUUGUAACGGGACAGAACCCCGCUUCCGCCACAGCCACAGCAGCUGCCGUGGUCAAGAUCAUCAAGUGAACAGCGACGUUACGCGGGCUGCUUACGUACUGCACAUAGAACGCACACGUCCUGCUCAUGGAAAACAUAAGAUGUAUGCUAGGCUUACUUGGUUAGUUAAAAGCAAUCGUCAAUUUUGAUCAUCAUUGAAUGGGGUAAUGCCUCCUGCUUGAGAAUCGGUUGCAAAAUAUCUUUGACGCUUCACAUAUAUGUAUGACGCUACCUUUGUCAAUCCUCCUUUUAAUCAUGGCUUUCGUGUUAGACAAACAUUCAGAAUCCAUGGCAAGCUAGAUUGUUUGCUCAAAUCGUUGGCGUUUGUACUGCUUAACUUGUUUUAUAAAUUUAAAAGGUGUUUCAGUUAUGACAUAUGUAAAGGAUUUUCGGAAAUUAAACUUGCAUGUAAACAGAGAAAUCACACGCAUAAUGAAUAUACAUUUACACUU